AUGAUAUUAUGUAUAGUUCUUACGGCAGUAUUUAUCCCAGUUUUCGGAUUCUACCAUGAGCCUAGUAUGGCUGUAAUUGCUCCACCUGCUAAAAUGAAACUAAGCAAAGACGCGUUAUUUGGCUAUAGCAGUACAUAUCAGGACAAACUGAAACGAUUAGUAAUAGGCGCACCAAGAGCAGAUAAGAUUGGAAAAGUGUUCAGUUGGGACUUGUCUACUGGACAUUUGACGAACAUUAAUUUUGGAAUAGAGCAUUGUUGCCCUGAACUUAAUGUGACUGAACAUUAUUGGUUGGGAGCGUCAUUGGGUUCGACAAAUUCAUAUUUCGUUACCUGUGCACCACGAUCCAUAAGCAAGUAUCCUUCCAGAUAUAUAUCUAGUUCGGAGUGCUAUUAUGGAACAUCACCGGAUGACAUAAGCCCGCUGCCGCAACUCGAUGACUUGUACAUGUUCAAUGGUGACACCACUUCUUUCGGAUGGAGCAUAAAUAUAAAUUCGGAUAUAUUUGUCGGUAGUCCUCCUAGUCAGGGCGGUGGCCUAAUGGUGAUAAUGGAUAGGGAAACGCGGGAUAAUGCUUAUUUAAUUCCAAAUAAGGAAAAUUACCCUAAUUUUGGAUACAGCGUAACUAGUGGCCGGUUCCUUUCUGACGAUAUUUCAUUAGUGCUCAGCACGACACACGGCGACUUUCACGAAGGAAAGGUACUAUUCUUCUGGAAUAAUCCAAUGGUGGGAUUUAAUAAUUUGGAAUGGACUAUGUCGGAUGGUGAUGUCGGUUCGUCUUAUGGGGCUGUGGUGGCUGGAGUGCUGUUGGAUCUUGGUGGGAGUAGAUCAAGCUUGCUUGUGGGUGCACCAAAUUACGCGGAGGGAUCUAGCUAUGAUUUGGGCGCAGUUUAUAUAUACAUACCGAAUGUAGAGUCUAACAUAAUGAACUUAAAAAGAAUUAUAGUUGGUACGACCGAAGGUGGAUAUUUCGGUGCUUCUAUCACCAGCGUUGGUGACAUGGAUGGUGAUGGAUUGGAUGAAGUUGCAGUUGGGGCUCCAUAUGAGAACGGAGGCAAAGGCGCCGUGUAUAUAUAUUCUGGGGCCGCUUUGCUCGCAGGACGCACUUGGUUUCAGAGGCUACAGCCUGAAGGCUUUAAAACGUUCGGCUUUAGUCUCACUCCGCUAAAUGAGGUCUCAGACAAUGGAUGUAAAGGAAUAGCUAUUGGUGCUCCAGGAAGCAACAGAAUAGCCAUUUACAAAGGAAUACCCGCAAUCACUGUCAAAUUGUUUGCAUCAUUUCCAAACUUACAGAAACGCGAAGACAUGAGUUUCUUUGAUUUUCUAUCGGGAAUAACAGUAGUUUAUCCAUCCAAUUUAAAAACUGUCGAUGCCAAUAUUUCAAUAAAGAUUAAUAUAAUCCAUCCAAAUGCAAAGUUGGCUGCGGCAAGUGCUGAUGGAACUCUAACUUACAUAAUUCCAUUGAAGACGAAACCAAACGAAUUUAAUAAAACCAUCAGAGUCUUAACUCCAGCUGGCGGGGACUACAGCCAAGAAAUUUCAUACCAAAUAUCAGCUGCUCUAGUGGACAGUCCAGAAUCGCAAGCAGAGUUCAAAUCUUCGCAAGUGACAUUAAGUGAAUCUAGCAUUUUGUCAUUAUUUGGCUCGGAGCUGGCAGCGGACUGUGAUGGAACUUGUACUCCAAAGCUAAGCGCGAGUUUGACUUCUUCUAUUACGAGUCCGUAUACAUCUGGAUCUUCAAACAUUGAAACUUUGUCAAUAAGCUUGACAAAUAAUGGCGAUACUGCAUACAAGGCGUGUGUGGUCCUUCGAGUUACUCCAAUCCAGGUUCUGCAGACUCCACCUGAUUGUGUGCGGGAAGGUGAUCAUGUGACUUGCAAACCACGACACAGUUUGGGACAUGGUACGACCUGGGAAACCGGUGCUAUAAGUUUGGAAAUGGGUGCAUUAACAAGCGCAGAUGAAUCGAUACAAGUAAUGUAUGAUGUUUACAAUAAUUGUAAGCAAGGCGAUAAAAGCCCACAUGAGCAGGUGUUUCCUCUUCGCGUUGUAAACAGCGGAAUUAUAAUACAAGGAUCUUCUAACUCCGAAGAGCUGGUAAACCUGACACCAGAAGACAUAGAAGUUGGUAAACAACUAGAGCACGUAUACAAGAUAAGCAACACGGGACCAACGAAUUGGGUUGAUGUCGGCUGUGAAGUUUUUAUUACGGACAAGUUCGGGGAUCUAAUAGAAUCACGUGUUACGCUAGACACAGCUUCGUCCGUAACAAACUUGAGCCUAGCCGACAACGCAGACGAUAUCAAAACAACAUCAGUUAUAUCAAAAUUGUUUGUGAACAACGCAGUCAAAGUGUAUGUCAGUCUGUUUGUGUUGCCAGAUAAGAUAGGAAAGAUAAUACAAAAACAAGACCUUAAUUUGACAUCUCAAAUAAUAUUAACAUUUGGGGAAGAUAUAAAAUCUUAUAGUGUAUCAAACUCGCUACACUACAAAUGCGAUUAUGUAGCCUCGUGGAUAAUUAUUCUGGCAGUUUUAUUUGCAUUGCUUCUGCUUGGAAUAAUAGCGAUCGCCCUCUAUAAGUGCGGCUUUUUGCAACGCAAGAAAAAGCAGGAACUGCAGAAUUUAAGAAAGAGCGUUAAAUACUACAAACGAAUGAACUCACAAGAAACACGCGAAGAAGAUGAUAAAGACAACGGUCAACAAGAGAGUACCGCCCAUACCUUCUAG